CUUAAAUAUUAUAUUCAUAAACUGUUUACAUAAACAUAUACAGCAACACCUUUCUGCUGGGACUCAAGAUAAUAAAUAUGUCUUGUUGAAACAGCUGGCGCAAGAGUGUUUACACGUGCGCAUCAACCGCAGUCAAAGGGUUAAUGAAUACAAAUCGUUCGUCAGCACAUGCUGCUAAAGCAUUACUGGUUGUGUCUGCAAACCUAGUGAGCUGCAUCCCUAGGCAGGAUUUUUGCAUCAUAAGGGUGUUCCGAGGCAGCUGCUCAAAAUGCUGUUUCGGUAGGCAUCUCGCUAGGUAUUGAGACAUUCAUUUUAUGUUUGCAAAUAGUGAUAAGCUCAGGGUAGAUCGUUCAUUAGUAGGCAUGACAGAGGCAGAUAUUACGGUGUUUUUGCCAGGGACCGACGCAUUCAGCUUUCCAGAUCACAGGAAGCUAACACGCUUAUACUGCAUGAAUGGUGGAUAUCACCUUCAGAUCCUGCCGGACGGGACAGUGACUGGGACACGAGAUGAAGAUAACUACAGUGAGUUAUGCGUUUCAUGCAUACUGAGAAUAAAGGCUACAAGUCCAGGAGUGGUGGUCAUUGAAGGAACAGAGGCAGGACAUUACCUCUCUAUGAAUGUAGAUGGCAAGCUGUAUGCUUCAUCAUUAGUUACGGAUGAAAGUUAUUUUCUGGAGAGGAUGGAGGAGAACCACUACAACACAUAUCAGUCUCAAAAGCAUGGUGAAAACUGGUACGUCGGAAUCAAAAAGAAUGGGAAAAUGAAACAUGGCCAAAGAACACACACUGGACAAAAGGCUAUUUUCUUUCUCCCUCGACAGGUGGACCAGGAAAAGAACUAAGGCCUGAGAACUGCUAGUUACACAAAUGUGUAUUCAUUAAAAUUACUUAAUCACGUAGAAUAACAGUACUUCACAUUACUGAGACAAACAACACAUGACCUUUAACUAACUUGCUGAGGCAGAUAUCUCAUCAGAUAUCUGUUAUAUCUCUGUCUCUAUAUAGAAAAUGUAAUAUAUAUAUAUAUAUAUAUAAACUUAAUUGUAAUAAACACACUAACAUAAGUUUAUUAACUCUUGAAUUUAGCCAGGUCGAAGCUCACUAUUUAAAUAUGCACUAGUCACUAACAAAAAUAAAAAUAAUACACUGCUGUACACUUACUGUUGCUUUAAGAAGAGAAAUAGGUUCUUCUAGUUUUUACCUCAUUUUGAAAGGGCACUGAAUGUUUUAUUUUCUUUGUAUUAUAAUUUGUGUCUUAUUAUACCUGUCCUGUAUUUCUUUUCUCUUAACAAUAUACAGUAGACAAAUCAUCACUACUCUGCCUUGUGAAUGUACCAUUCUGGAUUGCUUGCAACACUGUAAAACUGUUCAAUGUAAUCAACUGAUCUGUGAUUUGACCUUCAUGUGGAAAAAAAAGAUUAUAUAUAUAUAAACAAUUAUAUUAACUCCAAAUAAAGUGUAAUUGAAAGAUAUAUUUUAAAGUGAAUACAUUUGCCACUGCAGCCAUUACAAUUAAAUUAUAUUGCAAAAUAAGAUAUCAAAACAAUGGAUUUUACAGUAGAUCUUAACUGUUUAAUCAAUGAAUGUGCAAAUAAUGGAUUUGUGUGCAACUGUUAAAGUUCACAAUCCCUUCUAAAAAGAGGCAAUGUUAUUUUUUAAUACGAGAUAUAUAUAUAUAUAUAUAUAUAUAUAAACAUACAAAGUAAACUGGAGUUGUCAUAGAAGUUACAUUUAUUAAAAGUUACUUGACAAGUGUAAAACAUAUAAAUCACAAAUAACACAUUGUGAAGCACUAUCUCAUACUGCAGUCUUCAAUAAAAAUAAAUCAAUUAAUCAUCUAAUGCUACAUUUGGCAUCAUAAAAUGUUCUAUUACGCAAACCAGAUGCUUGAUUGAUUAAGCGCAUAACAAUGUAUUCAGAUGUGCUUGAAUGCUGAAUCAGUUUGCAAUUAAUCUAGGCUUACCUUUUAAAUAACUAAUAUUUUGGUCCUCUUUAUGACAGCAAUUCGAAACAGGCUUAGGUAUCAUUGAAUAAACUUAAAAAGGACCCGGCAUUUGUUCUCUGUGUUUUUUUGUUCUGUGUGUAUAUCUUAAAAGUGUUCAUUUACAACGUUUGACGUCACUCUCUUCUUGUGUACCUUAUAUACAUACUUUUUUCUAAUUCACAAAAGAAGUUAAACUAUUAGAUUUA